AUGGAAGAAUUUCUUUUAACAAGAGAACCCCUUGAUAUCGUUAGAAUUUCUACAGCAUUAUAUGUACGAGUAGAACAAGGUGAAUGGAGUGGCGUUCUUGAGAAGGAAGUGGAGAAUUUUGAAAAUAUCUUGGAAAGAGUUUUAGGACAAGUUCCCUCAGAAGAUGUUGAACGAAAAAAGAAGCUUCGAAGUUUUGGUACUGGAAAAAAAUUGGCAAAACGGGUCGCAACUGCAUUCGAAGAUCUAUGUUCACUCUCAGAAAUGAAAGCAUUAGUGAUUGAUACCGAAGCCUGGCAUGAAGACGCAAAUGCGAAUUUACGAUCUUUGAAUCGUGAUGUUGGACGGUGUAUAAGCGAGAGCGCUAGUUAUGAGAAGACCAUGUGGGAGAGAAUAGAAAUGGAACUUAAGGAAAUAAAUGUGGAGGAUCUUGGCUUCGAUCAUCCGAUAUGUUCAGGCGUUCUCGAUAUAAAAUCGGUACCCUUUACAAAUAUACCCGGGUCGGUUUGUGAUAUUUUUAAGGAACCAUUUCAGAAAUAUAAGUUAGAACAGAAUCAUAAUGUAAUGGAUGCAUGUAAAGAAUUUAUCUGGAACGAAGAAUCGAAAAUUAAUAUAGAUGAGGUUUUGGGUGAUGUUAAGCAUGGAGAAUGGUUGGAUAAACCUGAAAAAUUGCAAGCUCUAACAAAACAGAUGUUAGAAUCAACGCUCAAAGUUUGGAAAUCUCCAAAAUACGAAGCAUAUAUAAAGAAAGGAACGGGCGAAGAAGGGAGUUCAGCUAGUGCUAUACGAAAAGGUUCUCGUAAAAUUGCACGAAGGGCUGAUUAUAUGAUGGUGGCGCAGUUGGGAAAAAAUGCUAAACUUGAAAUUGUUUAUCUUGAAACCGGUAGACCUGAUUCCACUCGAGAUAAACGCCUUCGUGAUCAUAAAAAAUUAAUACGUUUUUCAAAGAUUCUAUUGAUACCACAAGAAGCGUAUUAA